GCUUAAGCUUCAGUUUCAUUUCAUUUUACGUUUCCUCUCUUUCUUUUUUGCUUCUCCUCCUCCUUCUCCUUCUUCAUCAACACAUGAGUGGAGGUCCUAGCUCCUCACCUCCUGUUACUGCUACUUCUUUUUGUCUAUGGAGAGUCCAGAUUUUUCACCACACCACUUGGACGCAUCUCGGCCGUCCCUCGGUUUCCCUCUAGGUAUCGCCUUACUCUUGAUCAUCAUCUUCACCUUGAGUGGUAUUUUCUCCUGCUGCUACCACUGGGACAAGCUCAGAUCACUCAGUCGUUCUUUCUCCGAUGACCAUGAACACGAGGAUGACAUCGAGGCUUCAACCUCCAAAUCUACGCCUCAUCACACGGAUUUGAAGCAAAAUCAAAGCCAAAGCUUGCCGGUACUGAUGCCUGGAGAUCAGAUUCCGAAGUUUAUAGCAUUGCCAUGCCCGUGUGAGCCGCCGCGAGCGGAGGAAGUUGUCGUCAAAGUGCAUAGGCCGCCGCCCCCACCUAAACUGCCGAGAUUGCCGGUGCCUUUGUUUUAGCACAGAUUGACCAUUUUGUGUACAUAGAGGGGAAUUAAUUCGGUUUUAAAUUUUCUAAUUUUUCAAGUUUUCAAAUUUGAGAAAAUUAAAAAAAUAAUAAUAAAAAGAAGAAGAGUAGGUAAUUAACUUAAUUGUCAGUUGUCAGCCCCCAUUAGAGUAGGUCAAUUUGUAUACAGUUACUGCUUCUUGUAAUCAUUCUCUCAUAAGGAGAAGAUUAAAUGGGGAAAAAAAGAUUGGGUUUGGAAUUUAGACAGUGAUUUCUGUAAAUUUCAGACUUGCAGAUUCUAUCAAGUAUCAACCUCCUUUGUUUUUGGUUA